AUGUCAUUUGCAAAGAAGAACUCAACUCCUAGGACUUCUUCGUCUCCAAGGAACCCAGCUACUCCAAGAGGAAGUCAAGCAAUUUAUCAGUCAUACGCUAACUUAAUUACUCCAAGAACUCAAACUUCAUCUGACCCUCAAGAAAUUGAAUCAUUACGAAAAGAAGUGAAUUAUCUCAAAAAUGGGCUGAAUGAAGCUAACAAAAUAAUUAAGCAACUCAAAGCGCAACACGAAGAAGAAAUAAGAACGCUGAAAUUCGUAUAUGACGAGAUGAAAAAAGAGCUUGAAUCUGCGAAAUCAACUAAGCCAGAAGAAAGCACUAGGCCAAGCCAAGGGAUUGAAGAAUACACUCAGCUUGCACAGGAGUUAAUUCGCCUUCGUACAGAUGUGGAUCGUCUAAGUAGCGCUUUCGUAAGAGAGAAAAGGGCAUCUGCUGCACAAAGACUGGAAAGUCUUUUGCAUGAGCGAACUCAGCAGAGAAGUUUUGGGUCAAGUAAAUCAGCGUUUACAGAUAAGUUAUAA